AUGUUGCGUGUUUUGCACAGUCACUCUUCUCGCGCCACGGAUAUUUCUAGAUACUAUUUUCAAGCUAAGGGAAAAAUGCUACGUCCUCUAAUGGUGGUCCUGAUGGCUGCUUCUGUUAAUCACCACGCCCAAGGCAUAAACUCGCGUCACAUUCUUCUUGAAAAUUCACGUUCUAAUUAUGAAAGAAGUUUAGCCUAUUGUGUCUCAAAUGAGCAGCACACUAUCGCUAUUGUCACUGAAAUGAUUCAUACUGCCAGCUUGAUGCAUGAUGAUCUCUUAGACUCCGCUUUCCUUAGGAGGGGAAAUGAGACUGCCUAUAGACUUUUUGGCUGUUCUUGCUGGGGAUUUCAUCCUCAUGAAAUCAUCGCAACUUUUGGCAAAAUUAGAGUCUAG